AUGACACCCAAAUUCGACUUGGCAGUCAUCAAUGGUACAAUUGUGACUGCCAGCGACAUCAGCGAAUGUUGUAUUGGAGUCAGAAAUGGCAAAAUUCAAUCGCUUGCAAAUGAAUUCACGGAUGAUGAGUUGUCAGGUGCUGAGAUCAUAGAUGCUGAAGGUGCCUAUGUAAUGCCUGGUGGGGUUGAUGCACAUGUCCAUUUGUGUCAAGAUCUCAAAACAGGACCUCACGGCCUGGGCGGCGAAUGCUCUGAUAACUUUGAGACCGGGUCGAGAAGCGCUGUUGCUGGUGGAACUACCACAAUCAUUACCUUUGCCACACAAACCAGAGAUGAGGAAGACCGUAGUCUCUUGACAGUUGCUGAACGGUAUAAUGCCCGUGCUGAGGCGACGGGUAGUUACGUGGACUAUGGAUUCCAUAUCAUUAUUGUUCGCAAUGACGCGGAUAUCCUGCAGAAUGAGCUACCAGUCUUGAUGAAAGAAUGGGGAAUCAGCAGUUGCAAGUUAUUCUUGACGUAUGCAACGCAGCGUUUGACCGACUCUCAAAUGUUGGAUGUUAUGUUUGCGGCGAGGAAGAAUCGUAUCACAACAAUGAUUCACGCAGAGAAUGGGGAUAUGAUAGAAUGGCUAACUGAGAAGCUGGAGAGCAAGGGGAUGGUGGCUCCGUACUAUCAUGCCUUGUCGCGCCCUCCUAUUGUUGAAGGAGAAGCCACCAAUAGAGCAAUUGCACUGGCACAGCUCAUCCAGAACCCUAUCCUAUUCGUCCACGUUGGCUCAGUACUUGGUGCCGCCAAUGUGCGUCGUGCUCAGACAAUGGGACUGCCAGUCUAUGCAGAGACAUGCCCUCAAUACUUCCAUCUGACCUGGGAUGAUUUGAAAAGGUUCCAUUCGCCAACCUGUUUCGAAAACAGUAAGAUGAUCUGCUCGCCACCUCCACCUCCUACUACUGCUGAUCAUGGGGAACUAUUUGUCGGGCUUUCAAACGGAACAUUCACGAUCUACUCAUCUGAUCAUUGCCCUUUCCGCUACGACCGACCUCACGGGAAACCAUCCGGUGUGCUAGAGCAUGGACAAAGUAUGCAAGGAGAAAAGCCAUGUGACGGCGAUGAGUUACAAGACCUAUUAAAACGGAAAGGCGGAGCAUUCCGCUUUAUCCCGAACGGUAUUCCGGGAGUGGAAACGAGACUACCAUUGCUCUAUACAGGGGCGUUGGCUAGUGGCCGUAUUACGCCCCAGAGAUUUGUUGAACUGACAUCGACAAAUCCAGCCAAAUUGUAUGGCCUAUACCCCAAGAAGGGGGCAUUAAUGCCAGGAUCAGACGCCGAUUUUGUGAUCUGGCACCCAGAGAAGAAUUUCUGCCCAUUCAAUCUUACUAAUUCUAUGCUACAUCACAAUGUUGAUUACACUCCAUAUGAAGGAAUGAAAUUUGUGAACUGGCCUCGAUAUACCAUUCUUCGUGGUAAGGUUAUGUGGGCAAACGGUAAGAUACUUGGUGAGGUGCGAGAUGGAGAGUAUGUCAAGCGCGGGCCUAGCCAACUAGGAUCAGUAUCCCCCAGAGCUCAUCGCGAUCCUCGUGGAGUUGCCGAUUGGCUUUAUGAAUGA